AGAGCUGAACUUAGUUUCAGACUUCUCUCUCUCUCUAUAAUGUCUGCUUCAGCAAACCUUAUGAAGAGAAUCAGUUCAUCUUCAACCUGCAACAAUGGCCUAAUUAGUUUAAAGAAGAGAUUGUUCUCUUCUCAAACCAUAUCAGAUUCUUUUGCUCAAAGGAUUAGAGAUCUACCCAAAGAUCUUCCUGGAAACAACAUCAAAAAGGAUAUCACUAAGCUCAUUGGUAAAACCCCCUUGGUUUAUCUCAACAAAGUUACUGAUGGCUGUGGAGCAUAUAUUGCAGUCAAGCAAGAGAUGAUGCAACCAACUUCGAGCAUUAAAGACAGACCGGCCUUGUCAAUGAUCAUGGAUGCAGAAGAAAAAGGUCUCAUUUCUCCUGGAAAGACGGUUCUGAUCGAGCCAACAUCAGGGAACAUGGGAAUUAGCAUGGCUUUCAUGGCAGCUUUGAAAGGUUACAAGAUGAUCUUGACAAUGCCAUCUUAUACAAGCUUGGAAAGAAGGGUAACAAUGAGAGCAUUUGGAGCUGAUUUGAUUUUAACCGAUCCCACUAAAGGAAUGGGUGGAACUGUUAAGAAGGCAUAUCAACUUCUUGAAUCCACGCCAAACGCUUUCAUGCUACAGCAAUUUUGUAACCCUUCUAAUACAAAGAUACAUUUUGAGACGACUGGUCCGGAGAUUUGGGAGGAUACAAAUGGACAAGUUGAUAUCUUUGUGAUGGGAAUUGGUAGUGGAGGAACAGUUACUGGUGUUGGACAAUAUCUUAAAUCUCAAAACCCAAAUGUUAAGAUAUAUGGAAUUGAGCCCGAGGAGAGUAAUGUACUUAAUGGGGGCAAACCAGGUCCUCAUCAUAUUACAGGCAAUGGAGUUGGAUUCAAGCCAGAUAUUCUUGAUAUGGAUAUAAUGGAAGAAGUGUUGAUGGUGUCGAGUGAAGAUUCGGUGAACAUGGCGAGACGAUUGGCAGUGGAAGAGGGCCUUAUGGUGGGAAUAUCAUCUGGAGCUAACACAGUUGCAGCACUCAGACUUGCCAAUAGGCCUGAAAAUAAAGGCAAACUCAUUGUGACAAUUCAUCCAAGUUUUGGAGAGCGAUAUUUGUCAUCGGUCCUUUUCGCUGAAUUGAGGAAGGAGGCUGAGAACAUGCAACCAGUUCCUGUUGACGAUUAGGGUUCUCUUCGAACUUCCUUUGUGAUCAUCGUUGUUGCCUGUUGUUGAAACAUUUUAAUGUGUUUCAAUUGCUUUUACAAACUAGUGUUGCCAAUAAAUUGGGUUGUUUUU